AUGUUCUCUCCACGAGCGAUAUUCCGUUUCAUAUACGGUAGUUUCUACUUUGUCCUUUGCUUCUUACUCACCCUACUCCUUCUCGUCACCCCCGGCGACGCCAUCUACCAGGCCUACUCGAACAACCAGCCAUAUAAUAUAUGGAUCAUUGCCGCUACUCUGGUCCUCACCCUCCUCAUCGUCUCCUUCAUCUAUGCGACGCGGCUGUAUCUCAACAAGACGAUCCUCGCAUCGAUACCGAAAUCAUGGGUACCCAUCGAGAAGGGCGACGUGAACAAAAAGGUUUACGAGAUGAUCACGGCCGACCUGAAGCGCAGCGCAGCCAUCGCCUACGACGCGCGGCCGCGGAUCGAAACGAGUUCGUUGGGUAGCGACAUGGGAGACGUGCUGGCGGAGAAGCAGAACUCUGGGGGUAGUGCGGCCAGGAAGCGGUUCCAGCUGCCGACGUUGAAAAAACCGGCAACGACGGAGAAAGAAACCGGCAUUGCGCUACCACCGAGACGGCCUGUUUGGGGCGAAAUCGAACACUACGGGUGGGCUUCCCCAAACUCGAUCGACCUACCGGAUCUGCAAUACAGCACCGUCCUCUCCGAACUACCGAACUUAAUCGAAGCGAAAGCCCUGACGCUGGCGCCUCCCGACCCUUCCUCUCACACCCACCCACCGAUGCUAGAUGCCGAUGCCGUGGCUCUACUGCAGCGGCCUUUACCCAUGAGUCUGCGCGAUUAUCUCGGUCAUCUGGCUGAGUUGGGCGUCAUCUCGCUUAAUGCAACGACCGCGGACUUCCUCUCCACAUACGAAUAUGCGCGCUUCUCGACACGGCCGAUAUCGAAUGCUCAAUUCCGCGAAGUGAUGCAUUUGUUUGCUGCAAUACUACGCGGCAUGCGACCUCUAGAUGCCGCGGUCCUGGGGCCUAUGGACGGGCCUAGCGAGGUCUCGGACAGCGACAUCGACAACGAUGCGCCCAUGGCCACCAACCCUACCACUCCACGUAGCUUAUCUCGGUCUGCAACGCAGAGCACGCAAGGUUCCUACAACAGGAGAGGGCCGGCAUUGAAUGCGCGCAACUCGUCAGCCAAUACAUGGGCUCAGUAUCGUACCGCGCCUGCAACCCCGUUAGGCACAUUAGCCGGGGCAAUAUCGAGGUCCUCGAGCUUGAACAGCUUCGCCCAUACUCGGCAGACAUACGGCCCCCGUCACUUCUCAUCAAACGCCAGUCUGAGAUCGGGGGCAUCAGGCAGCUCUACCUCGGGCUCCGUCAUCCGCUUAGCAACGCGGACAGACUCGACAGACUUGCCUUACAUCCUCUCACUGCGGGAAACCAGAGCGAGCUGA